GGACCCGGACAAGUCGAAUUGCUUCUUCUCUAGAGAGAGAGAGAGAGAGAGAGAGCAAGCAAUGGCGAGUGAAUACAGAUGCGUUGGAUGUGGGUUUAGGGUGAAGUCUUUGUUCAUUCAAUACUCUCCGGGUAACAUUCGUCUCAUGAAAUGCGGAAAUUGCAAGGAGGUAGCAGACGAGUACAUCGAGUGUGAACGCAUGACUAUUUUCAUCGAUUUAAUUCUUCACAGACCCAAGGUAUAUAGACACGUCCUCUACAAUGCAAUUAAUCAAGAAACUGUAAAUGUUCAGCACCUGUUGUUGAAGUUGGUCUUCGCUUAUCUUCUUCUAGACUCUUAUAGAAGCUUGGUACUGAGAAUAACUGAUGAGAGAUCGAGCUUAUCUGAGAGCUCGGUUCUUACAUCUGUAAAGGUUCUGAUCGGCGUCCUAUCUGCAAAUCUUGCAUUUUUCUUCGCUUUUGCCAUUGCGGCUAAGGGUUUGCUAAAUGAAGUUUCCAGAAGAAGGGAGAUUCUUUUGGGGAUACUGAUCUCGAGUUACUUGAAGAUUUUUCUGCUAGCUAUGCUGGUAUGGGAAUUUCCAAUGUCAGUGAUCUUCAUUGUAGAUAUACUUGUCUUAACAUCAAACUCGAUGGCUCUUAAAGUGCUGACUGAAUCAACUACCAGCCGAUGCAUAGCCGUAUGCUUAAUCGCUCACACGGUUAGAUUCUUGGUAGGUUCGGUCUUUGAGCCAACGACAUUCUUGACACAAUUUGGAUCUCUGUUCUUGCAUCUGUCUUUUUUAAGCAAAACCAUAUGAUCUGUUUUAUGUUCUAUACUACAGAAGAUAUACUAAUAGAUACAGACUUUUGUAUUUUUUGUUUCCUUUUCUCUCUCCAUAC